GUUCAUGCAAGGGUGAAGACCGGACCCCGAUUUGUAAGGGACACGGGAGACAGAGGCUUAUGCCGGAUGAGCGAGGUCUCGAUCAUUAAAUAAAUCCUGCAUCUUCGGCCGAUGUUCAAUAUCUUCUCCGAGGGGCGUCCAGAAAGGGUAACCGAAGCCUUGAGCACGAUGAAGGAGGGGUUCGAUAAACGAAAAAAGACGGGACCAGCAAAAAGAACGAAAAGGAAACGAAGGGAAGGAACGAAAGAACAGGAAGAAGAAAAAGUCCCCAAACCUGGCGGUGCCGCGAUGGUCGAUUCUAGCCGCCCACAAAGUCCUUCGCACAACACUAGGGAAUCGGUGAUAUCAUCUGAAUCAGGAGGUUGUGGGAACCAAACCAAAGAGUCGGGGGUGAUCAAUCCUGAUUCAGACACAUUAUCAGACUCAAUGGCAUUGGAUAUUUACUUUGCUGGCCCCUUCCUUCACUCCCCGAUCGACGCCACCCCGAGGACCUGUCAGCAAGUCUCCGGAUGCUACCAUGACUGCAGCUGCUCCAGAGAAAAUCUCCUGCGCCGUCAGAUACAAAUUAUGCCACGUUUCGAUGGCGUGUGCACUGUACACGGAGUGGUCGGGUCAAUUUAGUCGCAACUCUUGCUGAUCAGCCGGUUGCUGGGAGAAAAGGGCGAGGGAAAAAAAAAAAAAAAAAGUACGCUGGCGUACGUGAU